UCAACUGUCAUCAACGUGCGGUGAAAAAAUAACCUUACUUUGAUCUCUCCGUGUGUUAUUAAUUUAAAUUUAAGAAUAAAUAAAAGUAUUACCGAUUGAUAUAGGGUCAAAAAUGUCUGACUCAGAUCACAAAAAAUUGGAAGAAAGAACCAGUAAGGCCGAAAGGGAAGCGAAGUUGAUCGAAGAUGAAUUGGAAAAGCUCGCCAGUGGUGAUCUAAGUUUUGUGAAUGAUCCUCGUUUAGAAAAGUUGAUGACCGACAAUGAAAAACUAAAGCAUCGAUUGGAGAUUCUGGAAAAUGCCAUCAAAGCUACAAGUUCUUCUAGCGGUAAAGCUGCUAAGCCAAUUACUAGAAAACGACCAACACUUGUGACUGACAUCUCGUCUGUCGAAGGAAACGUGUGUAUUGUUGAUGAACUGAAAAAUGUGUUUUCUCUUGGCAUUUUGUCUGCAUACCCCGACUUAGAAGACCCGCCAGUAGUCAUCACCUUGUCCAGCAAUAAUCCCAAAUUUGGAGACUACCAAUGCAACUCUGCGAUGCCUAUCUCUCAGUUGCUAAAAGCGAAAAAUGUCAAAACGAACCCAAGAGAGGUAGCAAAUAAUAUUUUAAACAAAACUCCAUCAUCCCCACUGAUUGAGAGGGUUGAGGUGGCAGGCGCUGGAUUCUUGAACAUCUACCUCAAUAAGGCAUUUGUGGAACAUGUACUUAAUUGUGUUCUCAGGUUUGGUAUCAAACCACCUCCAGUGAAGAGAGAAAGGGUCAUUGUUGAUUUCUCCUCACCUAAUAUUGCUAAGGAGAUGCAUGUAGGGCAUUUGCGAUCAACAAUCAUUGGAGAAAGCGUCUGCCGUGUACUUGAAUUCUUAAACCAUGAUGUACUGAGAAUUAACCACUUAGGAGAUUGGGGUACUCAGUUUGGAAUGCUGAUUGCCCAUUUGCAAGACAAAUUCCCAAACUUCAAGACCCAUUCUCCACCAAUUUCAGAUUUACAAGCUUUUUACAAGGAAUCUAAGAAAAGAUUUGAUGAAGAUGAAGAGUUUAAGAAGAGAGCUUAUGCUUGUGUGGUUCAGCUACAAUCUGGCCAGCCCGACUACAUUGCUGCCUGGAAGUUAAUAUGUGAAGUCUCUCGUAGAGAAUUCCAAAAGAUUUAUGACAGGCUUGAUAUUAAAAUUAUUGAUCGAGGUGAAUCUUUCUACCAGAGCAGGAUGGAUGUUGUUGUGAAGGAGCUCAAAGAUAAAGGCUUACUAGAAGAAGAUGAGGGGCGAUUGAUUAUGUGGGGAAAUGCAGAAAAGCAUGAUGGAAUUCCUUUAACUGUGGUCAAGUCUGAUGGUGGUUACACCUAUGACACUUCAGAUAUGGCAACUAUAAAGCAACGUGUUGAAGAAGAGAAAGGAGACAGGUUCAUUUAUGUCACGGAUGCUGGACAGGCCACUCAUUUUGUAGUUAUUGACGCUUGCGCCCGACGAGCUGGGAUUCUCAAGGAAGGUCAAAAUGUUGAGCAUGUUGGCUUUGGUGUUGUUUUGGGUGAAGACAAGAAAAAGUUCAAAACUAGAUCUGGAGAUACAAUUAAACUAAUUGAUUUACUUGAUGAGGGGUUGAAGAGGUCCCUUGAUAAAUUAGUUGAAAAGGGAAGAGAUAAGGUUUUGACUCCAGAGGAACUGAAGAAAGCUCAGGAAGCAGUUGCCUAUGGAUGCAUCAAAUAUGCAGAUUUGUCCCAUAACAGGGUCAAUGACUAUGUAUUCUCAUUUGAUAAAAUGUUAGAUGAUAAGGGCAACACAGCAGUGUAUUUACUGUAUGCCCUGACCCGUAUCAGAUCUAUUGCUAGGACUGCUCAGAUUUCAAUAGAACAAUUGUUGGAGGAAGCUCAAAAGACAGGCUUCAAAUUCAGCCAUGAAGCUGAAUGGAAGCUUGGAAAAGUCCUUUUGAGAUUCCCUGAAGUUAUACUUAAAGUAGCCAAUGACUUAUACUUGCAUAGUUUGUGUGAAUAUCUUUAUGAGAUAUCAUCUACAUUCACAGAGUUUUAUGACAAAUGUUACUGUGUAGAAAAAGACAAAGAGGGAAAGAUUGUUAAAAUAAUCUAUGAGAGAUUGAUGCUUUGUGAAGUCACUGCUAGAAUCAUGGAGAAGUGCUUAGAUAUACUUGGUAUUAAAACAGUUUCUAAAAUGUAAAUGGCAGAAGUGAAAGUAUUAACUACAUAAGCAGACUAUUUGGUAUUUACCAUAUUAUACUAUUUAAGUAUAUCACAAUAUUUAUGAUCAUACUAAUAUUUAAGAAUUUGCGACACUAACUGUUUUCUAAAAGAAAUAAAAUACUAGUAAAAUUAAUUUGUAUACUUUUAUUGAGUUUCCAAAAACCUCUACAAAACUAUAUCAGGGUCCAUUAUCAAAGGUAACAUUCAUGAAAUAACUAUUUAUCUGUUUAGAAAAUUAUUUAGAACAUUCACUGGAUACACAAUUACAAAGAUUCUGACGAUUGUAUUUAUUAGCUUACGAUCUAAUGUUACAUUAAAAUACCAUAUAGACAACAAGUUAAAAUGUUUUUCUAUUAAUCUUGUUUUAUUAAAAUUCCAUAGCCAGAUUCCACUAUUAUUAUUAUUUAAAAUUCAAUUAAUAAGUUAUGCCAGAUUCAUUACAUCUUACAGACCUAUGUAAAUAUUUUUCACUACUUGAACAUACAUUACACAACAAAUAUUAUAUCACAUUAUCAUAACUAGGUAUUAUUCAAGUGAAAACUAUGAUACUUAGCACGGUGGGAGCAUAAUGAGAAGGUAGUAAUACAUCAGUAAGUUCCUAGCUCUACGUAUGUAGAUUUUAAAAUUAUGUUUGGGAAUAACAAAAAGACAUCGCAAUUAUUUAGUGUUCUUUUAUUGAAGUUGUUAAAGUGGAGGAAAAAUGUGAAGCCCUUAUACAGAUACUGACCAUCAGACUUGGAGCAUCACCAUUGUGGAACUAAAAUACUUCAAGUUUUAAGGUUAUUUUUGUAUACCUACAUACAUUUUUUUUUUCAAUAUGAAUUCCAUGUCCGAAAAAUUUAUGCAAGCCUCGUUGGCUAACAUCUUGAUCUAACAAUCGAUUAUGUUUCUACGU